UAACCUAAGAGCAGCCAUUCGGAGCGUGCUUUCCAGCCUUCCUGGGCGACCUUGCGGCAGGCCCGGGGGCACCUCACCUCUCCGCGAUGUCGGCGCCGCUAGCUUCCUGGAAUCGGGCUCCCCGUGACGUCAUACGCGGAGACUUCCGGCUCCGCUCGGGAGGUCGGGAUCACGUGCCGGGAGCUCCUGGAAUCCCCCGGCUCCUGCUGGCUUGUGGUGGAGAGGCUGGUCUUCUGGGAGGACGGAGCAGGAUGGUGACUGUCUCAGUAUCAAAGUCCGCAGAAGUUCUGUACGUCAGCAGCCUCCGUCCCUGUCCAAAGAGCAGACUCCAUGAAGCCAUUGAGUUUGUGCCUUGUAACAUAUGGGGAAAGCGAGAGAGAAUGAAAAAGCACUCAGCUAGGUGGUAUUGCCUGAGAAUCUAGGCAAUUCUUCAGACAGUCAUGGGUAUCCGAGGACUAAUGAGUUUUGUGGAAGAUCAUAUUAAUGAGUUCUUCACAGAUUUGAAGUUGCGAGACACAAAAAUUAUCAUCGACGGCUAUGCCCUCUUCCACCGGCUUUGCUUCAGUUCAAACUUGGAGCUCCGGUAUGGAGGGGACUAUGAUUCUUUUACAGAUGUUGUAGAAAAAUUCUUUGAAUCACUUUUUGCUUGUAAAAUCUGCCCAUAUGUUGUUUUAGAUGGAGGAUGUGACAUUUCAGAUAAAAAGCUUAACACUUUAAAGGAUCGAGCUAGGGAGAAGAUCCAGAUGGCCCAUUCCCUUUCUGUUGGCGGGGGUGGGUAUGUGUGUCCCUUACUCAUCCGGGAAGUAUUCAUACAGGUUCUGAUCAAGCUGCGGGUACGUUUUGUCCAGUGCUUUUCGGAAGCAGAUCGGGACAUUAUGACCCUUGCUAAUCACUGGAAUUGCCCCGUGUUAUCGUCUGAUAGUGACUUUUGCAUUUUUGACCUGAAAAGUGGGUUUUGCCCAUUGAAUAGCUUUCAGUGGAGAAACAUGAACACUAUCAAGGGCACACGAGACUGCUAUAUCCCUGCCAAGUGCUUUUCCCUUGAUGCACUCUGCUGUCACUUCGGCAAUAUGAACAAAGUUCUGCUGCCUCUCUUCGCGGUGCUGUGUGGAAAUGACCACGUUAAUCUGCCCGUCGUGGAGACGUUCUUAAGUAAAGUAUGUCUUCCUCUUGGGGCUCCCAGUUCUAAGGGGAGGAGACACCACCGGGUGCUGGGACUUCUGAAUUGGUUGUCUCGUUUUGCUGACCCUACCGAAGCGUUAGACAACGUUCUGAAACAUCUCCCCAGAAAGAGUCGAGGAACUGUGAAGAAGCUUCUCUGUGGCUCCAUGGGGGAGUACCUGCAGUCCCAGGGGAGGCUGCAGGACUUCUUCCAGCAUGGUACUUACGCCUGCCCAGACACCUGGAAUCCGGGUUUACCGCCUUGGGUGCUCGCGGCCUUGGCCAGAGGCCAGCUGUCCCCUUUCAUCAGCGAUGCUCUGGUGCUGAGACGGACCAUUCUCCACACACAGGUAGAAAACAUGCAGCGACCAAACGCCCACAGAAUCUCUCUGCCCAUCCGGCAAGUCAUCUAUGGGCUCCUUGUGAAUACUCCUCCAUAUCCGGGAAAUGUGGCCUGGGAUGCGCUGCCUCCUCAGCCGCCAGCUUUCAGCGAAGUGGAAAGGAUUAAUAAAAAUAUCAAAACAUCAAUUGUUGGUGCAGUAGAACUGCCCAAGGAUCAUUCUGACUUAAGCAAAUUGACUGAGCUCUCCUUGGCUAGACGGCAGAUACUUCUGUUAGAAACGCUGAAAGUGAAACAGAGCAUCCUGGACCCAAUCCCUGCUGCGUUGAAGUUGCCCAUCGCCGUCAGCUGCUACUGGGUGCAGCACACGGAGGCCAAGGCAAAGCUGCAUCAUCUGCAGGCCUUACUGCUGGGGAUGCUGAUGGGACCCUUGCAUGCCAUGAUCAACAGCCCUGAUGAGGAAGCUCCACAGGGCGGUGGUGCUGAGAUGCUGUAUGAAGAGCUGCAGAGAGUGAAGGCACAGCCGGGCCUGAGGCUGGACUUAGACACAGCUCAUGUCUUCUGUCAGUGGCAGUGCUGUCUGCAGAUGGGGCUGUAUCUCAACCAACUGCUGUCCACGCCUCUCCCAGAGCCAGACCUAACUCGACUGUACAGCGGGAGCCUGGUGCACGGGCUCUGCCAACAACUGCUGACGUCAGCCUCAGUGGAGAGCCUCCUGCACGUGUGUCCUGAGGCCCAGCAACUCUAUGAGCAUAUGUUCAGUGCCACUAGGUCAUGUGCCCCUGCUGAACUAGUCCUACCAAAGGGUAAAUCAAAAAAAAGAAGGCAAAAGAAACGACGUACCCCCUGGUCAGAGAACAGAGUGGGGACCACCUUGAACGCUAGGAGUUGGCAUGAGGGAGGCAAUCGGUUUGAGCUGUUGAUGGUGGGGACCUUGGAGGAGCACAUGGAGGCCGCAGAGCUUGAAUAAACUCAGUUGCAACCAGGUUGGGAUUCUUACCGAAAAUUUGUAUUACCUCCCUUGAAAUGACUGACUUUUUUUUAGAAUUAAAUCUGUUAAGGAUAAACACUGCAGUAUUUUGAAUUCCAAAGUACUUUGUAUUCUGCUUUUAAUAAAUACGUGGUUUAAGUAAA